AUGACCGUCCAGCAUGUUGAUAUUCAGGACCCCGAAGACGUGGGGCAGCGGAUUGAUAAUUUUCUGCUGCGAACAUUGAAGGGGGUGCCGCGACAGUACGUGUAUCGAAUUCUGCGCCGCGGUGAGGUGCGAGUGAAUGGGGGGCGCAUCAAGGCCAGUUACCGUAUGAAACUCCAUGACACCGUACGUAUCCCGCCGACACGUUCGCGCCAGGACUUGCCCGUUGAGUAUUCUGCGGACAUUGAGGAAACGCUUAAAGCCAGCGUUAUUUUUGAAGAUGCGGACUUUCUCGUUCUAAAUAAACCCGCCGGGAUCGCUGUUCAUGGCGGCUCCUCCAUUCGAUCGGGUGUUGUCGAGAUUUUGCGUGAUGUGUACGCCAACCCGCGUCUGGAACUGGUGCAUCGUCUGGAUCGUGAUACCUCAGGAUGCCUGGCAUUGGCGAAGAAGCGCAGUGCUCUGCAGGUCGCGCAAGCCGCAUUUCGCGAGCGUCGCGUGAAAAAGAUUUAUGAACUGUAUGUUCACGGUCACUGGCCGCAGUCCAAUCGGGUGGUGCAGCUCAAGCUGGAACGCUACGAGACGGCCUGGGGCGAGCGCAGAGUCAGGGUCAGUGCCGCCGGCGCUCAGGCUCGUACGGAUUUCGAAGUAUUGGAGCGCGCAGGCGAUCGGGCAACACGUUUGCAGGCGACGCUGCACACCGGGAGGACACAUCAGAUCAGAGUCCAUACCAGUGCCAGCGGUCAUGGCAUCAUGGGCGACGAUAAAUACGCUGCCGCGCAGCCUGAACAUCAACAGCCUGAAAAUACUUGUAACGGGGUUGGCCGGAUGGAGAAUAUUCCCAGACUGUGUCUGCACGCGCGUAAAUUAACGAUCCCCCUCGGUGCUGACGCCCUUAGAGUAGUUGCGCCGGUGGAGGCAUCGAUGGCUCAAUUCUGGGCGUCAUGCGUGGCCGAUGAUGUCCCAGCCCAGGGACCUGAGAAACCCCGCGGUGGCAAUCAGCGGUAA